GUUUUUAUUAAUGUGUUUAGUUUAAAUGAUAACACAGCUCUAUAAUAUUUUAUCAACAGUAGCUUCAACAUGAACACAAAUAUUAUAUUAUGCUGCAGUUAUGCAAGCUUUUUCCAAAAGUUUGUGUUCCUUCUUUUAAUCACAUAAUUGACAUUGUCUUGAGGUCAACUGUUAUUUUGUCCAUUACUUAUCUUCACUUAUCACACGUGUGUGUACAUUGCCUUAUCAAUGUGCAACAGUAAAAUGUCAGUCCACCUGUAUAAAAGAGGAUGCAUGACUGUCUGUAGGCACUCAAGUUUGGGAGUCUGCAGGUGAGUAUACUUCAGGAUCAUAUAACUACUGUAUUAUUAUUGCGGUUUUGCAGUUUGAAUACUUCUGUAAUGUGACCAACCUUAUGACACAAGCUUGAUUCUGUUUGACUGAAAUUAAUUUUCUUACAGUUGACAGCAGAGUCGUGACAAUGAAGUGGGCUUUUGUUGUGUGUGCCAUGGUGGCACUAUCUGAGUGCCUCAUCCAGGUCCCUCUGGAGAAGGGUAAGACAGCCAGGGAGUUCCUGGAGGAGCAAGGUCUGUGGGAGGAGUACAGGUUGAAGUACCCUUACAACCCCAUGGCCAAGUUUGACGACCGCUUUGCCGUGGGCAACGAGCCCAUGACCAACGAUGCUGAUUUGGCUUACUAUGGAAUCAUCUCCAUUGGAACUCCUCCUCAGUCCUUCAAGGUCGUCUUUGACACCGGCUCAUCCAACCUGUGGGUGCCCUCCAUCUACUGCAACAGCCCAGCCUGCAAUAACCAUGACAAGUUUAACCCUGGACUUAGCAGCACCUACAGACACAAUGGCAGUCCUCUCAGUAUCCAGUAUGGCACUGGCAGCAUGACUGGAUUCCUUGGAUACGACACUGUGACGGUGGGUGGGCUCGCUGUGAGAAACCAGAUCUUCGGCAUGAGUAAGUCUGAGGCUCCCUUCAUGCAGUAUAUGCGUGCUGAUGGUAUCCUGGGCCUGGCGUACCCACGCCUGUCUGCUUCCCACGCUACACCCGUCUUCGAUAACAUGAUGAAUGAAGGCCUGGUCAACCAGGACCUCUUCUCUGUUUACCUGAGCUCUAACAGUCAGCAAGGCAGUGUGGUGACCUUUGGUGGUGUUGACUCCAACCACUAUCAUGGUUCCAUCACUUGGAUUCCCCUCUCCAAUGAGCUGUACUGGCAGAUCACAGUGGACAGUGUUACCGUCAAUGGUCAGGUUGUGGCUUGCAAUGGUGGUUGCCAAGCUAUUGUGGACACUGGUACCUCUCUGGUUGUUGGACCUCAGAGCAGCAUCAGCAACAUCAACAGUAUGGUGGGAGCUAGCAGCCAGAAUGGAGAUUAUGUUGUCAACUGCAAUAACAUUGCCCAAAUGCCAGCUGUGACCUUCCACAUCCACGGACAGGAAUUCACCCUCCCUGCCUCUGCCUAUGUCCGUCAGUCUCAAUACUUUGGCUGCCGCACUGGCUUUGGCAACGGAGGGGACAGCUUGUGGAUCCUGGGUGAUGUCUUCAUCAGACAGUACUAUUCCAUCUUCAGCAGAGCCCAGAAUAUGGUGGGUCUGGCCAAGGCUAGAUAAUCAAGCUGAAGUCACCUUGCCCAAGAGCCUUGCAACAAUCAUGUAUGCAUCUUAGUGCAAUUGUAGGAUUUCAGUGCUACUGUAAUGAUGUGUAAUACCAAAGACUUUCCCUUGUUCUGUCUAUUAUUGCAUUUCUUUAAAUCCAAUAAAAACAGUUAAAUAAG